GAAGGCAGCACCCACUGCUGGAGCUGCGUUGAGAGAAGCUAACGUCCAGCAUGUCUGAGAAGGAGCUGGGGAAAAAGUGGGACAGAUGCUUGGCAGACGGUGCCAUUAAACUUGGCACUGGGCUGGGGCUAGGAAUCGUGUUUUCUGUUCUGUUCUUCAAACGGCACACUUGGCCGAUUUCAUGCGGCUCAGGAGUGGGACUUGGCAUGGCGUAUGCCAACUGUCAGAAUGACCUGAGGUCCUCAUAUCUGCUGCACAGAAGCGAAAAGGAGCAGUAGCUGCAAGUCAUCGAAGGAAUGUCGUUUUUUUUUUUUCAAGACUUUUUGUUUUGCCUGUGGGAGAGUCUCCAUUUGCACUGUUCUACAGCUAGAUCCCUGUUGAACGAUCCAUCCAAGUAUGACUCCGUAUGAUUGUAUGUGCCUGAUGAGGACAGUCUGUGUAUAUUUAAUAAAAUAAUCACAA